GCAGUAAGUGAGUUCGGUUGUUCGACACACGUUCGGUCAACCAGAAAAAUUAAAAAAAAAAAAAAAAUAUAAUGAGCAAGUUAAUUUUACUUAUACUUUUCUGGGUUUAUCAUAGCUCUUUUGUAAAUAGUGCGAAUAUUUUGGGUCUGAUGCCAAUUGUAUCACCCAGUCAUCAUGGAUGGAAUAGUGUUUUAAUGCAUAGACUUGGUGAACUUGGUCACAAUGUUACAAUUCUAUCCGUCGAUAUACCCAAACCGAAUGAAAAAAUUCAAAAAAGUGUUCAUUAUAUUCAUUUGGAGAAAGGAUAUUCAAUCUACGAUCAUGGAGAUGUCAAAUUUGAUAUUAACGAUUUCAUUAAAAGUGGUCCAUUUGAAGGGAUUAAAGUGUUUAAUGAUGCAGUCCUUCUAAUAUCUGAACUUUGUUUUAAAUCGAAUGGCUUUCAACAACUUCUCAAUUAUCCGGAUAAUUUCAAAUUUGAUUUAGUCAUUCAUGAUUAUACAAUGGGACCACUUUUACUUCCAUUCCUGACAAAAUUCAACUAUCCACCAUCGAUUGGAAUGAGUGCGUACCACAAUCCACCAAUAACUAUGGAUUAUAUGUCCAAUCCAUAUUUCCCCGCUUACGUACCUUUCCCUUCGACAACGUUCAAAACCGAAAUGAACUUUUGGCAACGUCUUGAAAAUACUCUUUUGAUUAUUUACGAUGUUGGUUAUCGCCGCUUGAAUUUAAAUCCUAAGCUUGAUGCUAUGGCGCGCAGAUAUUUUCCCUUUAACUUCCCACACAUUGAUGAACUUGCUAAACGCACAGCAAUAGCUCUUGUCAAUUCUCAUCCAGCUACCAAUUAUGUGGAACCUCUUCCACCAAAUGUCAUUGAAGUCGGUGGAAUGCAAAUAUUGGACCCCAAGCCAUUACCCAACGAUUUGGCUGAAUUUAUGAAUAAGUCUACAAAUGGAGCUGUAUUUUUCUCAUUUGGAACCAAUAUGAAGCCUCAAGACUUUACUGAAGAACAAGUUCGAACAAUUCUCAAUGCAAUGGCUGAGCUUAAUCAGUAUAAUUUUAUGUGGAAGUUUGAUGUCAAGUAUUUGAAGGAGAAAAUACCCAAAAAUGUUAUUAUUAGAAAGUUCUAUCCACAAAGAGAUAUUUUGGCUCACCCUAAUUUAAAGGCAUUUGUAACUCAUUGUGGAGGUUUGAGUUCACAUGAAGCAACAUGGCGUGGAGUUCCAAUGGUUGGUGUUCCACUUUUGGCGGAUCAACAUAGGAAUAUGAUACAAUCCAUACAAGCUGGAAUAGCAGUGAAAUUGGAGUUUGCUACCAUGACAACCAAGGACAUAGUGAAUGCCAUUAAAAAAGUUAUUGAAAAUCAACAAAUGAGAGAAAAUGCUAAAAGAAAAUCCAUUGAAUAUCAGGAUAGACCUAUGAGACCUUUGGAUACUGCAGUUUGGUGGGUGGAAUAUGUAAUAAGAAAUCCAGAUCCAAGUCAUUUGAGAUCACCUGCGCACAAGUUGAACAUUUUUCAGGCGACUUCCUUAGAUUGCUUAGCCUUUAUGUUGUUUGUAAUAGUUGCAGCCAUCUUUUUGGUGGUAAAAUUUUUGGUAUUUGUAUGGAGAUUAAUUAGUGCAACGAAUUCGAAAAAGUUAAAGAAAAACUCUUCUAAAUCCUUUGACAAUGGCUUCGGGUCACGUAUUUGCAAUCCACCAACUUCAAUAACACUUGGAGGAAGAACAUCCAUAAAGUUAAUAGCAGGAUGUGAAUUGACAAGGGCUACAGUUGUUCGUCGCGAAAGCUCAUCGAGUAAAAUAGAAAUGAAUUACUUUUUUGGGCAACUUUUAGUCCUUGUAGGAUGUGUUGGACAUAAUUUUGUGAGUUGUGCCAAUAUUUUAGGACUAAUGGGUAUAACUUCUCCAAGUCAUCAUAUUUGGAAUAGUGUACUUCUUACAAAACUAGCUGAACUUGGUCACAAUGUGACAGUUCUUUCAGUUGAUAUUCCAAAACCUCACGAAAAACUGCCUCCAAAUCUGCACUAUAUUCAUUUAGAAAAAGGCUAUUCUAUGUAUGAAGAUGAAUUUAAAUAUGACAUCACAAAUUUAAUUGGCAUAAAACCAUUCGACUCAAUUCCGUUCUUUUAUGAUUUUGGUUGGAAAACAUGCCUUGGAAUAUCACGUUCAAAAGGAUUGAAGCAUCUCUUAAACUAUCCUGAUAAUUUUAAAUUUGAUCUUAUUUUCAAUGACUAUAGUCUUGGUCCGAUGCUUCUGGGAUUUCUACACAAAUUUAAUUAUCCACCUUUGAUUGGACUAAGUGCUUAUCUAAAUCCACCAAAUACAAUUGAUGGAAUGUCAAGUCAUAACUAUCCAGCUUAUGUGCCCUAUCAUACGACAGGUUACACAGGGGAAAUGAACUUUUGGCAAAGAUUUGAAAAUACAUUGUUAUUUAUGUAUGAUACAGCAUAUCGUCGGUUGCUAUAUUUUCCGAAGAUCGAUUCCAUUAUGAGACCAUUUUUUGACAAAAACAUGCCAAAACUAGCUGAACUUGAAAAACACACCAAAUUGUCAAUGGUUAAUUCACAUCCAGUCAUUACAUAUGUUGAACCUGUGCCACCAAGUAUUAUCGAAAUCGGAGGCAUGCAAAUUCUAGAUCCGAAACCUUUACCAGAAGAUUUUCAGAAUUUUCUUAAUAAUACCAGUAAAAAGGUGAUAUUGUUUUCAUUUGGAACGAAUAUGAAGAGCACAGACUUUAAGGAAGAACAACUCGAAGUGAUAUUAAAUGCUAUGAAAGAACUUCCACAAUAUGAUUUUAUUUGGAAAUUUGAUGUUAAAUAUUUAAAACAGAAAUUACCGAGUAAUAUUUUUGCGAGGCCAUUUUUACCACAAAGUGAUCUUUUAGCUCACCCGAAGAUCAAGGCCUUUGUCACGCACUGCGGAGCUCUAAGCACCCACGAAUCUAUUUGGCGAGGUGUUCCUAUGAUUGGUAUUCCAUUGUACUUCGAACAACACAGAAACAUCCAUAGAUCAAUUCUCUCCGGCAUAGCUGUAGAACUUGACUUCCGAACCAUGACAACCGAUGACCUACGCAAUGCUAUCGAGAAUGUUGUGGAAAGCCGUCAAAUGGCUGCUAAAAUUAAACAGAUUUCAGCUCAGUUUCGUGAUCGACCAAUGAAACCUUUAGAUACUGCAAUUUGGUGGACAGAAUAUCUACUUCGUAAUCCAAAUCCUGUUCAUCUUGAAUCACCAGCAUCAAAGUUGAAUAUAUUUCAAGCUAAUUCCUUGGAUGUUCUUUUUGUUUUAUGGACUUUAUUUGUAUUGUUUAUUUGUAUAACUGUGAAGCUGUUUCUAAUGGGUUGGCGAAAGUUGAGAGGAGUCUUAACACCUCCCAGCAAAACACUAAAACUAAAGACUCGAUAAGAUCUUAUCUCUUCGGCAAUUACGUAAUUGUUAUUUCGUUAUGGGAAAUCAGAAUAAAAACAUAAAUAAUCUGCUAAUUAUUCGAAACAAACAAACUUUAAAUUAUCGACAAUUCAGUUCUAUAAAAAGUCUAUCAUUUACAAAGAUGGAAAAAUAAAAAAUUAUGCUUAACUCUGUA